GCAUUAAGGCAGCACAUUUUUCUUUCUCAGACACAACAUAAGCUGCACCGGAUCCCUGCGCUUCAACCAUCGGACAGGACAGACAUCAGACGCUUUUCAAGAGGGUUUUUUUUAACGUCGCUUCAUAUAUUUCUGACGUAGCAGCACACGACCAUGAAAGGAAUGAUUCUGCAGCUCAGCCGCAACCUGAGCCGUGCUGCCCCUGUCCUUAGUCGCAGUGUCCACUCUGGCACACGUCCCGCUUCGACUGCCGCGUCCAAACUGAAGUCUGAUCGCCCGCUCACCUCAGAGGAAAUCUACGCCAGAGAGGACAAGUAUGGAGCACACAACUACCACCCCCUGCCAGUGGCCUUAGAAAGAGGAGAGGGCAUCUACGUUUGGGAUGUGGAGGGCAACCGGUAUUAUGACUUCCUGAGUGCUUACAGUGCAGUAAACCAGGGCCACUGCCACCCAAAGAUCAUAGCUGCGCUCACCGCCCAGGCCUCCAAACUCACGCUGACUUCCAGAGCGUUCUACAACAAUGUGCUGGGAGCCUACGAGGAGUACAUCACCGACCUGUUUGGCUAUGACAAAGUUUUACCCAUGAAUACAGGUGUUGAAGGUGGUGAGACGGCGUGCAAGCUCGCUCGAAAGUGGGCUUACACUGUAAAGGGAGUACCCCAAAACCAGGCCAAAAUCAUUUUUGCAGAGGGAAACUUCUGGGGCCGCACCUUGGCAGCGAUCUCCAGCUCAACGGACCCCAGCAGUUACGAAGGUUUCGGCCCCUACAUGCCAGGCUUUGAGCUUGUCCCGUACAACGACAUUCCUGCUUUGGAGAAAGCUCUACAGGACCCAAAUGUUGCUGCUUUCAUGGUGGAGCCCAUCCAGGGGGAGGCCGGGGUUGUGGUGCCAGACCAGGGGUAUCUGACCAAAAUCAGAGAACUUUGCACCAAACACAACGUGUUGUGGAUUGCUGAUGAAGUGCAGACAGGUUUGGCGAGGACUGGGCGGCGCCUGGCUGUGGACCAUGAGGAAGUCCGCCCAGAUAUCGUGGUUCUGGGCAAAGCUCUUUCUGGGGGAGUUUACCCUGUAUCUGCUGUGCUGUGUGACAAUGAGAUAAUGCUGACAAUCAAACCUGGAGAACACGGGUCCACAUAUGGAGGUAACCCCGUGGCGUGUCAGGUCGCCAUCGCUUCACUUCAGGUGCUUGAGGAGGAGAAGCUGGCAGAGAAUUCUCAAAGGAUGGGAGAGCUGCUGCGGAGCGAGCUGAAAAAACUGCCCAAAGACAUUGUGACAACAGUCAGAGGGAAAGGCCUCCUCAACGCGGUCGUCAUCAAAGAGACCAAAGACUAUAACGCCUGGAAAGUGUGCUUACGCCUUCGUGACAAUGGACUGCUGGCCAAACCCACCCACGGCGACAUCAUCCGCCUGGCCCCUCCCCUCAUCAUCAACGAGCACGAGCUGCGCGAGUGUAUCGAUAUCAUCCAGAGAACCAUCCUGUCCUUCUAAACUAACUAUUCAACAAUAUACAGACAACCAUCACAGUGAUAAUCUAAACCGAUGAUCCUAUCAUAAAGUCACUCUAAAUAUUUAGCAUCUUUUAUUUUUCUUUGUAUUUCAGACAGGAGUUGUGUGAAGGGUUUUUCUGUAGAAAUGCGGUAUGCAGAGACUGUGCGGUGCGUGCUUCUAUGAGGUGACACGGACACUUUUGCACAGAAAAGCUGCUGUUCCAUUUUUUGUUGAAGCUUACCAUUGCCUUAGAAAAGACUGCAACGCAGGCGGAAAACAUCAGUGAUAUGUUUAAGAUGUUGAAUGUUUAAUUCACAAUUCUGGUGUAAAUAAUCAACGUGUUUGUUUUUAACGUAAGCUUUUAAUUUAAAAAUAGGAGAAGUAGCGUUACAGUGACGCAUGCAGUCUGAAGUUACCACUUUUUUUGUCUCAAACGGCUACGUCUGACUGACUUUAAAUUGAAUAUAACAGUGAGGGAAAUACUUGUUACAGUUGAAUGUUGUUUGCAGAAGAGUAAACAUUCAGUCUGCUGAAGUACUGCUGUCUGUGAACCUAAACUCUGUAGAACGUAAAACUUGAAAGUUGAUGAAAGUCUUGUUACAUGGAGGGCAAUCUAGUCUGGGUAUUUUUGAUGUCAAGAGCAAUGUUUCUCCACAUUUUUAAAAUGCGUGAAAUGUAUAGAAAAUGAUCACAUUACAGGUCUCAAAAGGGAAAAAUAAUCAUUUGAGAGGUUCUUUAAGAUGUUUUACUUUCUCCUACAACUAUGACCUGUAUCUGUUUUUGUUAUUGAACUUUCUCAUGAAUGUUUUGUCUGUUACAAAACAAUGUUAAUAUUGUCUUUUUAAAGGCAAUAUCCCCUUUAAGUUGUUGUACAAUCAAUUGAUCUUCAAAUAAAUUAUUGCAGUCUUA